AGCAUCAUAAAAUGCUUCCCACCCACAGAGGGUUAAUGUGCUCCUGCUGAACCGGAUGUGAUUCCUGCUCCGUCUCAGUGUUGUCGUUGCGUGGGCAAUGGCGGACGGAGUCUGUGCGUUAGUCUGGUAAACGUAGCCUAAGUUUAGCACAAAUAUAGGCCCACUCGAAUACCAGUCAGUCAAUCAGAUAUUUUAAUCGUGUUUUCGACACAGCUUAGAUCUGCGCCCAUCAGCAUGGACGUGAAUUUGACCAUCUCUCUGAUGCGGGGCCAAAUGGGCGCUGUCAUAGAAAAAGCCGUGAACGUCGCGGUGGAGACCGUGUUAGGAGAGAUGAUCCGGGUGGUCGGGCUCAAAUUUGAGGAGAUCAAACGGGAGAUGACCGCUAAAGAGAAGGAGAAUGAGAACAUCAGGAGAAUGCUGGAGACGUCCCGCUGUCAGAUGAAAACUAUGCGCAAGUACAUUAGCGUCCUGGCUGCUAAGGACGCCAACCAUAGACUGUAUCAUGGAGAUGGAGACAUGGCAGCAUCCACAGGGGUGCACUGCAGAAGAGUGCCGACGAGCACUGUGUCAGUGUGUGCCAAAGCCCCAAACCCCUGUCCCAGACCGAGGGUCACUGAACCUGCCCCUGUGGCUGGACCCUCAUGGGUGAGGCAUCAGAUGCACAUGUCCAAAGAAACGUUAAGAAAUGAGAAUCACAUUGCUGAUUUCCAUAUUGAAGAGAUCCAUGGAUCAUCAGCUCAUAAAGUUGAUAACUCGAGCCCUCAUCUGGUGGACAGUCAGGGGCUUCUGUCUGAGACCAGCGAUCCAAUAUGGGGUCAAAACCCUCUGGCCUCUGCAGACACUGGGCACACAGACAUGCCGGACAGCAGCGUCCUCUCUGCACCCAUGAUGGCAGAAGAAAGCAUGUCGUCCCAGACUACAAACACAGUGGCCUUUGGAGCACCAUCGCUUAAGAUCAAACAGGAGGAGGCGGAGGUUGAAAUUGUCUGCGUGAAGGAUGAACCCGCAGAAGCUGGCAGCAUAUCUAGGCUUGAAUAUUCCAACCCUGAACUUCACCAGCAAGUGGGGGAACCAGAGCUUGGGGUCUCACUAGAUCUACCAGCAUCCUUUCAAGCUCUUCAGAGUCCAGGCACUUCAGCAGACCUUGCAAUCCCAGCAUUCAUCAACGUGGACCCAACCACCUAUGACGACUCUCCGCUGUCUGUGGCAGGGGUCCAAAAGCAGGUGCGUCCGAGACGCAAGGACCUGAACCUGUAUGAAGAGUACAAACGCAGCCGAACUCUGAGUCUGAGAGGUCGUAACACAAACCGAGGGUGUAGUACAAACCGACGGCGUGAGCUGGAGCAGACUCUACCGCAGGCUCUACUUGCAGACCUGGUAAGGGAACGAAGAGAAAAGACUCGCCUUCGAGUGGCCCGCUGGCGUGCCAAACGCAAACUACAAGCCUGUUUGAUGGCCUCGCAGGCUGCGCAGUUUAACGGGGCUCCAGUGCAGGGCUCACCUGCCCAGCGGGGCGGCCUGAUCUCUAACCGCAGGCGAGGCGGGGCGCCGGCGCAGCGCGGUGGGCUUGGAUUGAGAAGGGGACUGUCCGAGACUGGCACAUAUAACCUGCUGCUGCAGCUCGGACCCAGUCCUUCCCAAUCAGCACUGGUACACGGCUUGAAUGAGGGUAUGAUGCCGUCUGGCUCCUCAGCGCUAUCACAGAACAGAACUACUGUACCUAGAACAACUUACCAAUGAUGCAGUGUUUAUUUAGUGGUGGAAACUUGUGCUAAGUAAUGGUGGAACUUGGGUUUGAAAAAGGUUGACGUCAAAUGUUGUUCCUAAAACUAUAACCUGCAAACAAAACCCCGAUACUGAUCAGUGCAAACCUCAAUAAAUCAAUAAAUUCAACAUGUUCAUCUUUAAAAUUAAUUCAAACUUUGGCUUAGCAAACUUAACCAAACAAUUAAAUGCUACAUAAUUAGAUUAAGCAUUUAACAACUGUGACUGUAUAAUACAAUACAUUCUACAAUAAACUGUGUUGAAUUAAUGAAAAAGUACCAAGGUACAAAAAAGUACAAGGAUACAAAAAUUGCACUCUGCUGCUCUCAAUGUUCACUUGAAUGUCCUAGUUAUUGUUGAAAUGUUUUUGACCGCAGUGUUCAGGGUGUUUUUAAAUAAUAAUUUGGUCCAUUUGUUACAAUAUACAUGUUCAUCGUUGUGGCCUAAAUUUAACUAUGACGGUUGUUGAUCAGAAAAUUUGGUAUGCCAUUGCUUUCUAAAUGAGCACACAGUGCAAAUGUGCUGUAUAAGCAGAUUAGGGCGUUUGAUUUUGAGCAGGCAAACGUGGUUUAACAGACACUUGUGUAAAAAGUGGUGAAUGCUGUUUAUAGUUUCGGGAAAUGAGUCUCUGUUUUGGUGGCUGAUGUAAUGGUAUGUUUUGGUAUGGAAUGUUUUACUGAUAAAAUGUUCAAAUAUAGUUAUCGUAAUGGGGAAAACUGUAAAGCACGAGCUGUAUCAGAUUUGGUAUCAAUUAACUUACAGCUAUCUUAAGUUUUUUUUUUUUUUUUUUUUUUAACCACAGUGUCUUACCAAAAAAAAAGUGCAAUAAGGCAUUGUGACAGUUGCUUCCAUAAUUUUGGAGCUUUGAGGACCAACAGCCACAUUCAAUAACUGAAAUACUACAUUAACAUUUCAAACUUGUUCUUGUCUUUGAUUAAGAACUUUAUAAAGCUUUUUUAUAUUGGUAAAGUUUACCAAUUCAGUUUAAUUGGUAUUCUGAGAAGUGACAUGGAAUUACAAUAUAAAGGCAAUACACAAUGUGUUUCACAAAGAAAUUUAUUUCAACCCUCACAAAUUUACAUUACAUGGACUGAUUGGGUUUGCUCUCGCUUGUUUUAUGUAAUUUACACAAAUGUUCAUUUUUGAAUUCUGUCAUUUUGAAUGUCACUACAUAACCAUUUCUAAAGUUUUAAAGCUCUACAGUAUAACAUUUCAUUUUUUUACACUAGGUAGGAUGUGAUUAAAACAUGUUUCCUACAGUUUUCAUGUGCUAUGUUCAGUGUUAUGUUGUUUAACGAUUAUUAAAUGUUUAAUGUUGUGUAUGUUACAUUUGUUGGUGCAUAUUAAAUAAAAUAUAAGAUCUUAAGAUAAUA